CUCCCUACGCAUCGAAGUUUCUGUCUGGCUAUCGUCAAUUUUGUAAAAUGGCUGAGACUGCUGUUAACGUAGAUUUGGACAAAUGUUUUGAAGUGGUGUCGGAAUUGGUCAACAAGGCAGGAGCUAUUAUAGCCCGUCGCAAUGAAACACGCCAAGAAUUCGUAUGCAAACAGGGUGAUAUCGAUUUGGUUACCGAAACGGACAAGGAAGUCGAGAAUCUAUUGAUGAACGGGAUUAAGGAACAGUUUCCAGAUCAUAAAUUCAUUGGCGAAGAGGAAAGUAGUGCCGAGGGGGCACCAAAAAAACUCACCGAUGCACCCACCUGGAUUAUUGAUCCCGUUGAUGGGACAAUGAAUUUUGUACAUGCCUUUCCGCAUUCAUGCAUUUCUGUGGGUUUGGUUGUUAAUAAAGUAACCGAAUUGGGCAUUGUCUAUAAUCCAAUGCUGCAGCAGCGUUUCACUGCCCGUCGUGGUCAGGGUGCAUUCUAUAAUGGUAAACCGAUAAAAGUUAGUGGCCAGAAGGAGUUAAGCAAAGCGCUGAUAACCAGUGAAUUUGGUACAACACGAGAUCCUGAAAAGAUGAAGGUGGUCAAUGAAAAUUUCCAGAAAAUGGCGGCCAAAGCUCAUGGAUUACGUGUCUUGGGUUCAGCGGCCCUCAAUAUGUCCAUGGUUGCCUUGGGUGCAGCCGAUGCUAACUAUGAAUUUGGCAUUCAUGCCUGGGAUGUCUGUGCCGGAGAUAUUAUUGUACGCGAGGCGGGUGGUGUUGUCAUUGAUCCCGCCGGUGGAGAAUUUGAUAUGAUGGCUCGUCGCGUUUUGGCUGCCUCAUCGCCUGAAUUGGCUCAGGAAAUUGCCAAGACUUUAACACAAUUCUAUCCACAACCAAGAGAUGACUAA